AACUAUUGGCUUCUCCCUUAUCAAUGCCCUUGCAGCAGCUCCUACCACUGCUUGAUUACACGGCAUCUCAGUGGGCCCCUCUGCUGUUCUUCAUGACCCUGUGGCUCCUUCGGCUCUCAAGUCGUUUUCCAGUUUGAACCUCAAUUUCCAAUUGCAUUCUGUGCUGUAUCAGUUCCAUCCUCCCGAGUGGUCUGCACUGAAAAUCUCCUGCCCCCCGGCGAGUUCGAUCCCCGAUUCCCAAUUCCCCGCUUUCCGAACCGAACCCGCAAUCUGCCGCUCCGAGCUCGGCCCGUCAUGCGGAGCGCUCUUCGGACCGGGACCGGUCCCAUCCGGCGCACCCCGCUCUCGACGCCGACCCGCCUUCACGCCGGCGUCCACGGCCUUGGGGUUCGGCUCGCGCGCGGGCCUCCAAUUGCGUCUCUAAAUGCGUCGCCGUCUUCGUGCUUCCACUCCAAAUCCGCGGACCGCUCCGAAGCUCUGGGCUCGGCGGCCAAGCUUCCCGACGCGAAAACGGUGCCACCCGCGACGCCCCGAGAGCGCAUCACCAUCGCCGACAUCAAGGAAAGGCGGGCCAAGGCCGGACGCCUGGUCGCGCCCACGGCAGCCUACAGUGAUGCCGACAUGUUCAAGGCUCCCUCAACAGGGAAGCCCAAAGCCAAACGCUGGGACCACCACCUCACCAAAGAAUCUACCCUCCGCGAGCCCUGCAAGCUCAAGCAAGCUGCCAAGUACCUCAAACAACCCGGCCUGAUCUCUCUCGGCGGCGGCCUCCCCUGCCCGGAGUACUUCCCCAUCGCCUCGCUCGACCUGCGCAUCCCCGUGCCGCCGCACUUCUCCGAGUCCGCGACCGCCUCUCUCGGCGAGGACGCGCACAUCGGCAAGUACGACGCCUCCUUAUCAACCCCCGCGGCGCCUGAGUACGACCUCUCGAUCGCGCUCAACUACGGGCAGGCCAACGGGUCGGCGCAGCUGACGCGCUUCGUGACGGAGCACACGGAGCUGGUGGGGGCGCCGCCGUACGCGGACUGGCGCACGAGCCUGACGGUGGGCAGCACGGGCGCGCUGGAGCAGGCGCUGCGCAUGCUGUGCGACGGGCCGGGCCGCCGCGACGCCCUGCUGACCGAGGAGUUCUCCUUCUCGACCGCGCUCGAGACCGCCGCGCCGCUCGGCGUCGCCCUCGUCGGCGUCCCCAUGGACGACCAGGGCCUGCUGCCCGAGAGCAUGGACGCCAUCCUCUCCCGCUGGGACCCCGCCGAGCGCGGCGGCGCCCGGAAGCCCCACGUGCUGUACACCGUGCCGUCGGGCCAGAACCCGACCGGCGCGACGCAGAGCGAGAGGAGGCGGCGGGAGAUCUACGAGGUCGCGCGCAGGCAUGAUGUGUUUAUCCUGGAGGACGAGCCGUACUAUUACCUGCAGAUGCAGCAGCCGGGCACGGAGCCGCCGCGGAGCGUGGACGAGUUCCUGGACGGGCUGAUCCCGACGUAUCUGAGCAUGGACGUGGACGGGCGGGUGCUGCGCAUGGAUUCGUUCUCCAAGGUGGUCGUGCCCGGGUCGCGGCUGGGAUGGAUCACGGCGUCGGAGCAGAUCGUGGAGCGGUUCAUCCGGCACGCCGAGGUGGCGAACCAGGGACCCAGCGGGUUCUCGCAGGUCAUUCUGCACAAGCUGCUGGACGAGCGGUGGGGGCACGAGGGCUAUCUGCGGUGGCUGAUGCAUCUGCGGAUGGAGUACACCAAGAGGAGGGAUGUCAUCGUCAAGGCGUGCGAGGAGUUCUUGCCCAGGGAGCUGGUCAGCUGGAAUCCGCCGCAGGCGGGCAUGUUUCACUGGCUGAAGGUCAACCACGAGCUCCACCCGCAUGCGUCGACCAAGAGCAUCCUGGAGAUGGAAGAGGAGAUCUUUAACCGCUGCAUCGCGAAGGGCGUGCUCGUUGCUCGCGGUUCCUGGUUCCGGGCCGAGCAGAAUGCGCCGCCUUCUGGGCUGUACUUCCGGACCACCUUUGCGGCGGCAACGCCAGAGAACAUGACGGAGGCUAUCAGGCGGCUGGGGGAGGCGGUCAGGGAGAGUUUCAAGAUGUGAUGGAUCGGUGUUUUUAGCUGGUGAUGAGGGUGAAGUUGGUGUCUAUUUGGACGUCAGCGGUUCCACGAGCAUAGAUAGCAUCGCGCUGAUACCUUACCUAGACAACGAGCCUGAAUCGAUGCCUUCAGUAUGAGAAAUCGGCAUACAACGCGGACCUGCAAAGGUGAGCAAACACCAGCCGAGCACUGGCAAGUGGCC